AUGGAGGGCAACCACAGCGCCCACGGGGCCUUCAUCCUUCUGGGGUUCUCCGACCGCCCCCAUCUGGAAAGGAUCCUCUUCGUGGUCAUCCUGGUGGCCUACCUCCUGACCCUUGUGGGCAACACCACCAUCAUCCUGGUGUCCCGGCUGGACCCUCACCUGCACACCCCCAUGUACUUCUUCCUCACGCACCUGUCCUUCCUGGACCUCAGCUUCACCACCAGCUCCAUCCCCCAGCUGCUCUACAACCUGGCGGGGCACGACAAGACCAUCAGCUACGCGGGCUGCGCGGUCCAGCUCUUCUUGUUCCUGGGUCUCGGCGGCGUGGAGUGCCUGCUCCUGGCAGUCAUGGCGUACGACCGCUUCGUGGCCGUCUGCAAGCCCCUGCACUACGUGGUGAUCAUGAGUCCACGGCUCUGUCUGGGCUUGGUGUCCGUGGCCUGGGGCUGUGGGGUGGCCAACUCCCUGGCCAUGUCCCCAGUGACCUUGCUCUUGCCGCGCUGUGGGCACCGCAAGGUGGACCACUUCCUGUGUGAGAUGCCGGCCCUCAUCCGGCUGGCCUGCGUCGACACUGUGGCUGUUGAGAGCACCGUCUUCAUCCUGGCCGUGGGCAUCGUGCUGUCGCCCCUGGCAUUCAUCCUGGUGUCCUACGGCUACAUCGCGAGGGCCGUGCUGCAGACGAGGUCAGUGUCCGGGCGGCAGAAGGCCUUCAACACCUGCGGCUCCCACCUCACCGUGGUCUCGCUGUUCUACGGGAACAUCAUCUACAUGUACAUGCAGCCGGGAGCCAGCGCCUCCCAGGACCAGGGCAAGCUCCUCACCCUCUUCUACAACAUCGUCACCCCGCUCCUCAACCCCCUCAUCUACACCCUCAGGAACAAAGAGGUGAAGGGGGCCCUGAGAAGACUGCUGCUGGGCACCAGGGCGGUGGGCAAGGAGUGA